UUUUAACCAAUUAAAUUGCGUAUCGGCGUUUUCGGAUCGAAUUCGAUCCGAUUUUUUUACUUAUAAACAAAAAGUUUUGACUUGCAGUUUAAUGCUUAUUUACAAGUUAAGUAGCAAAAAUUUUUAACCAUGUCUGACGCAGCAGCUAAAGGAGGAAAACAGGCACCUAAAGUAGCCAAGAAAGGUGAAAAAAGAGCCGGCAAAAAAGGAGGAAAGAUUGGUGGAACUGGUGAAAAGAAACGCAAGAGAAAGAGAAAGGAAAGUUAUGCUAUUUACAUCUACAAUGUUUUGAAACAAGUUCACCCAGAUGUCGGAGUUUCAAGCAAAGCUAUGAGCAUCAUGAACUCAUUUGUCAACGACAUCUUUGAGCGCAUUGCUUCCGAAGCUUCGCGUUUGGCUCUUCAAAACAAAAGGUCGACCAUCUCUUCUCGUGAAAUUCAAACCGCAGUACGUCUUCUCUUGCCUGGAGAACUUGCAAAACACGCAGUCAGUGAAGGAACAAAAGCCGUCACAAAAUACACAAGCAGCAAGUAAACCAACGUCUA